UGUAGUGAAUUAGGCGGCGCAAGAAAGCACAAACCCAUAAGCUUCUCCUCAGUUUCUUCUUCCUCUUCUUGGCUUUUCAAUAGAUAUUAAUUUUUUCUUCCUAUAUUUUCAUCGAUCUUGAAAAUCUCGUGAAGCUUCAAGAAUUUUCUUUUCAUGUUCUAAAGAUUUUAAAAAAUCGAGUUUGUAAAUUCAGGAAUGAUGAAACGAAUAUUUUUAGACAAAUUUAGUUAUUUACUUCUUUGCACUUACCAAUAACUAGUUUAUCAUUUAGUGCCAACUGCCGACACAAUUUCUCUAAACUUAUUUUCCACCUUAUGAAAAUAUUUUGUCAAUCAUUUUGAGUAAAUCAAUAUUUUAGCUCUUAUACUCAUUCUUCGAUGACUUCAAUUCUCCGGUUUAGAAAACUAUGCUUCUCUUCUGUUACCCCUAAAAGUGCCAACACUAUCCGCAGCGAGGAUACCGUUAUUCCCGAAGCCAAACACACAUCCACCGCCGUAAAACCAAAACGGCGCCGUUCCGGGAUAUGGAGCUGCAUCGACUCGUGUUGCUGGGCAAUUGGGUAUCUCUGUACGGCUUGGUGGCUACUUCUCUUCCUCUACAACUCUGUUCCGGUCCCGGCGAUGCUUCAGGCUCCGGAGUCUCCGGGGACUCGGUUGAGUCGAGAAGGCGUGAAGGCGCAUUAUCCGGUGGUUCUAGUACCGGGGAUAGUCACCGGCGGGCUUGAGCUAUGGGAAGGUCGGCCUUGCGCUGAAGGGCUUUUCAGAAAACGUCUUUGGGGCGGCAGCUUCACCGAGAUUCUUAGAAGGCCAUUGUGCUGGUUGGAGCACCUGUCUUUGGACAGUGAGACUGGUCUCGACCCAGCAGGCAUCCGGGUCCGAGCAGUGCGUGGACUGGUGGCUGCAGACUACUUCUCCCCAUGUUACUUUGCUUGGGCAGUUCUCAUAGAGAAUUUUGCAAAAAUCGGAUAUGAAGGCAAGAACCUUCAUAUGGCCUCUUAUGAUUGGAGACUCUCUUUUCAUAACACCGAGGUACGCGACCAAUCGUUAAGUAGACUAAAGAGUAAAAUCGAACUCAUGUAUGUAACCAAUGGGUAUAAGAAAGUGGUGGUGGUUCCGCAUUCAAUGGGGGCUAUCUAUUUCCUUCACUUCCUUAAAUGGGUUGAAACACCUCUUCCCAAUGGAGGCGGUGGUGGUGGUUCAGGUUGGUGUGCCAAACACAUCAAAGCCGUCGUUAACAUCGGACCAGCCUUUUUAGGUGUCCCUAAAGCCGUCAGUAAUUUGCUCUCUGCUGAGGGCAAAGACAUCGCUUACGCGAGAGCUUUGGCGCCCGGUCUCUUGGACUCGGAGCUUCUUAAGGUGCAGACACUCGAGCACCUUAUACGGAUGUCACAUAGCUGGGAUUCAAUAGUUUCUUUGUUACCAAAGGGAGGUGAGGCAAUUUGGGGAGAUCUAGACGCUUCCCCUGAAGAAGACCUCACUUGCACUUUCUCCAAGAGGAAAUCACUGCAGCCAUCGCUAACCAAUCUUCACACACAAAACAUCAGUGUCAAACAAGAGUUAUGGGUAAAAGAACCCACAAAAUUCGGAAGAAUUAUAGCUUUUGGAAAACGAGCGUCUGAACUACCGUCCUCACAACUCUCUUCUCUAAACAUCAAGGAACUUUCAAGAGUAAACAACACUUCAAAUGACAGCUUACCAUGUGGAGAGUAUUGGUCGGAGUAUAGUGAAAUGAGCCGAGAAAGCAUAGUAAAAGUAGCAGAAAACACAGCUUACACGGCUACCACCGUUUUUGAUCUUCUCCGAUUUAUAGCUCCGAAGAUGAUGAGACGAUCCGAAGCACAUUUCUCUCACGGCAUUGCUGAAAAUCUCGACGACCCUAAGUACGGACAUUAUAAAUACUGGUCUAAUCCAUUAGAGACCAAAUUACCGGAUGCACCAGAGAUGGAGAUGUACUCUCUUUACGGAGUAGGGAUUCCAACGGAGAGAUCUUACAUAUACAAGCUCUCAACCUCUUCUGGUAAGUGCAAGAGCAACAUACCAUUCCGAAUAGAUGGAUCGGUGGAUGGAAAAGAUGUGUGUCUUAAAGGAGGAGCUAGGUUUGUGGAUGGAGACGAGAGUGUACCGGUAAUAAGUGCAGGGUUUAUGUGCGCAAAGGGAUGGAGAGGCAAAACACGGUUUAACCCAUCGGGGAUGGAGACGUUCGUGCGGGAAUAUAAACACAAGCCACCGGGAAGUCUGCUGGAAAAUCGAGGAACGGAAAGUGGAGCGCAUGUGGACAUAAUGGGUAAUGUUGGACUCAUUGAAGAUGUUCUAAGGAUCGCUGCCGGAGCUUCAGGACAGGAACUAGGUGGCGAUAGGGUUUACUCUGAUGUGUUGAAAAUAUCGGAGAGGAUUAAGAUCAGGUUGUGACAUAGUUAGGAGUUUAAUCUUUUUGUCUUUCUUGUGAAAAAGUACCAAAGUGAAAGUUAACAGAAAUAAUAAUAAAAAAUAG